GGGGCGGCCUGGCCUGUGAGACCCAGAGAGGGGGCGGCGGAGGCGGGCAGCGAGUGGCGGAGGAUGAGCCUGCUGUGCGCUCAGUACCUCCGGCAGGCAGAAGUCCUGAAGGCUGACAUGACAGAUUCGAAGCUGGGUCCAGCUGAAGUCUGGACAUCCCGGCAAGCUUUGCAGGACUUAUACCAGAAAAUGCUAGUAACUGAUCUGGAAUAUGCGUUGGAUAAGAAAGUAGAACAAGACCUCUGGAAUCAUGCCUUUAAGAAUCAGAUCACAACACUACAGGGUCAGGCAAAAAACCGAGCAAAUCCAAACCGGAGUGAAGUUCAGGCAAACCUUUCUUUGUUCCUAGAGGCAGCUAGUGGGUUCUACACACAGUUAUUACAGGAGCUGUGCACAGUAUUUAAUGUAGACUUACCCUGUCGUGUGAAGUCCUCCCAGCUUGGAAUUAUCAGCAAUAAACAGAUGCACACUAGUGCCAUUGUGAAGCCACAGUCUAGCUCCUGCUCUUACAUCUGCCAGCACUGCCUUGUCCACCUUGGAGACAUUGCUCGCUACAGAAAUCAAACCAGCCAGGCAGAAUCCUACUAUAGGCAUGCAGCUCAGCUUGUCCCCUCCAAUGGUCAGCCUUACAAUCAGUUGGCUAUUUUAGCUUCCUCCAAAGGAGACCACUUGACCACAAUUUUCUACUACUGCAGAAGCAUUGCUGUGAAGUUCCCUUUUCCAGCUGCCUCCACUAAUCUACAGAAAGCACUUUCUAAAGCACUGGAAAGUCGUGAUGAGGUGAAGACUCGAUGGAGUGUGUCUGACUUCAUCAAGGCAUUUAUUAAGUUCCAUGGCCAUGUAUACCUGAGUAAAAGCUUGGAGAAGCUGAGCCCUCUUCGAGAAAAGCUGGAGGAACAAUUCAAGCGAUUGUUAUUCCAAAAAGCCUUCAACUCUCAGCAGUUAGUUCAUAUUACUGUCAUCAACUUGUUUCAACUGCAUCACCUGCGAGAUUUUAGCAAUGAAACUGAACAGCACAGUUACAGUGAGGAUGAACAGCUCUGUUGGACACAGCUGCUGGCUCUCUUUAUGUCUUUUCUUGGAGUCCUAUGUAAGUGUCCAUCACAGAAUGACUACCAGGAGGACUCUGGAGCUGCAUAUCCUCUUCCAGCUGUUAAAGUUUCAAUGGACUGGUUGAAACUUAGGCCCAGUGUCUUCCAGGAGGCAGUAGUGGAUGAGAGACGGUACAUUUGGCCCUGGCUGAUUUCUCUUCUAAACAGUUUCCAGCCCCAUGAAGAAGAUCUGUCCAAUAACAAUGCUACUCCACUUCCAGAGGAGUUUGAAUUGCAGGGAUUCUUGGCUCUGAGGCCUUCAUUCAGGAACUUGGAUUUCUCCAAAGGUCAUCAGGCAAUUACAGGAGACAAAGAGGGGCAGCAACGGCGGAUACGGCAACAGCGCUUGAUCUUCACAGGGAAAUGGAUUGCCGACAACCAGCCAAGGCUGAUUCAGUGUGAAAAUGAGGUAGGAAAACUGCUGUUUUUGACAGAAAUCCCUGAGUUAUUACUAGAAGAUCCUAGUGAAGCCAAAGAAAGUCUUGCCCUGCAAGAAACGUCCAUUGCAGAAUCACUGUCUGUAGAUGGGAGCCCAGGACUCAAAUCAGUUCUGUCCACUGGCAGAAGUCUAAAUAGCAACUGUGAUACAGGAGAAAAACCAAUGGUCACAUUUAAGGAGAACAUUAAACCACGAGAAAUGAACAGAGAACAAGGGCGUAUCUAUCCACUGAAAGAUGUGGGUAGGGAGAGAAGAGACUUUAGCAAAGGAAUAAUAGCCAGUAAGAAUGAUGGAAAAAAGGACAACAACAAGAGGAAAAACGAGACCAAGAAAUGCAGCUUGGAGAAGAUGCAAGAGGCAGGAAAGCAGAAUGUGGCAGUGCAGGUGAAAUCUCAGACUGAGAUGAGGAAGACUCCUGUGUCUGAAGCCAGGAAAACACCAGUAACUCAGACUCCAAGUCAGGCAAGCAAUUCCCAGUUCAUCCCCAUUCACCACCCAGGAGCCUUUCCUCCACUUCCUAGCAGGCCAGGAUUCCCACCUCCAACGUAUGUCGUUCCCCCUCCUGUGGCUUUCUCCAUGAGCACAGGUUACACUUUCCCAGGUGGCGUUUCUGUCCCAGGAACCUUUCUUCAGCCUACAACUCACUCACCUGCAGGAAACCAGGUGCAAGGUGGGAAACAGUCCCACAUUCCAUACAGCCAGCAGCGGCCCUCUGGACCAGGGCCAAUGAACCAGGGACCUCAACAAACACCACCGCCUUCCCAGCAACCCCUCUCAUCCUUACCAGCUCAGGCAACAGCACAGUCUGCAAGCCAGCUUCUGGCCCCGCAGCAGCAGUCCCCUACAAAAGCUGUUCAGGCGCUAGGGAAGAGUCCACCUCACCACUCCGGAUUUCAGCAGUAUCCACAGACAGACUCAUCAAAGCAACUCUGGAGUCCUCCUCAAGUCCAAGGUUCAUUGGGAAAGAUGAUGUCUGUAAAGCAGCCCUAUUAUAUUCAGGCCCAGGACCCCCUAAAACUGUUUGAACAGUCAUUACAGCCUCAAGUGAUGCAGCAGCAGCCUCUAGAGAAAAAAAUGAAGCCUUUCUCCAUGGAGCCAUAUAACCAGAAUCCCUCAGAAGUCAAGAUGCCAGAAUUUUACUGGGACUCCUCUUAUGGCCUGGCUGAUAAUAGAGUGAUGGCACAACAGAAUAACGUGGACCGCAGGGGGAAACGACAGCAAGGUGUCUUCCGUCCAGAGCAGGACACUGUGUCCAGGAUGGCUUUUGAGGACCCCAAGAGCUCUCCUCUGCUUCCUCCGGACCUGUUAAAGAGUCUGGCUGCCUUGGAGGAGGAGGAGGAGCUGAUUUUCUCUAAUCCUCCUGAUCUUUACCCAGCUCUGCUGGGGCCUCUCGCCUCUCUUCCUGGACGAAGCCUCUUUAAGUCCCUAUUGGAAAAACCGUCGGAGUUGAUGUCUCAGUCAUCUUCCUUCCUGUCCCUCACCGGCUUCUCUCUUAAUCAGGAAAGAUACCCAAAUAACAGUAUGUUCAAUGAGGUAUAUGGGAAAAAUAUGAAUACCAGCACAAAAGCAGAGGUCACUCCCUCAGUCACCCACCAGGAGACCUCACUAUACUCUCUCUUUGAAGGGACACCUUGGUCUCCAUCCCUUCCAGCCAGCUCAGACCAUUCAACACCAGCCAGCCAGUCCCCUCACUCCUCCAACCCUAGCAGCUUGCCAAGCUCCCCUCCAACUCAUAAUCACAACUCUGUUCCUUUCUCCAACUUUGGACCUAUUGGGACUCCAGACAACAGGGACAGAAGGAUUGCAGACCGUUGGAAAACAGAUAAGCCAGCAAUGGGAGGAUUUGGCCUGGACUAUCUCCCGGCAACAUCUUCCUCUUCAGAAAGCAGCUGGCAUCAGACCAGCACUCCUAGUGGCACCUGGGCUGCCCAGGGUCCCUCCAUGGAGGAUUCCUCCGCUGUGCUCAUGGAGAGCCUCAAGUCUAUCUGGUCCAGCUCCAUGAUGCAUCCUGGACCUUCAGCCCUGGAGCAGCUGCUAAUGCAGCAGAAGCAGAAGCAGCAACGUGGACAAGGCACCAUGAAUCCACCGCACUGAGAAUAAGGUGGUGACCCUUGCAAACGACGGCUCCAUAAACCAUGGCAUGUUGGGUUUGCAGGACUGGCCCACACAGUCCUGUGCAGGUGGCAGCCCUCUCUUCUGUUCCUUGCUGUCAGGAGGGCGUAAGUGCUCCACCAACCCACUGAGUGUGCACAAGUCUGCAGUGCAACAAACAACAACAUCAGGAACUCUCCCAUUCCCCAGGCUCUCUUGAGGGAGGGAGGAACUGCUGUUUGUCUCACUCAGUAACCUGAUAUCACCGCCUCUCACCUUCUCCAUCGUGCAUGUCCCCAGCCACAUGGGAAGUAAGAGCUGAGAAUGAAGGGCAGAUGGGAGAAGCCAAUGAGAACUCAAUUCUUUUCCUCUUUUGGGGAGAUAAACUAGGAAUCCAUUAAUGAUUGCUUUGCUGACUGGGAAUGUAGUUGAAAUUAUUCCUAAACAUCUUUAUUAUUAUUACUGUCUCAGUAGUAAGAUCACACUGAAUUCUUCCAUACACAGACGUACUUUGUAGUCAGUGUGUAGCAGUGAAAGCCCCAGUUGCUGCUCCAGUCAGAGGUGGGUGGUGACAGAGUGGGGAUCUAUCUCCUGGGCUGGUUAGGAGUUUCAUGAAGGAGAGUCUGGCACUUGACACCACUUCACCUUUCACUCAAAGGCUCUGAGCAGCCCAUGUGUGGGUUAGAGACUCCAGCGUGAAAUGCCCUUCCUGCUGUAGGUGUUCGAGCUGUAAUCGGGGACAACAGUGGGCAUCACAGUGCUCUGCUGGACAAGCAAGUAAUUGCUCUGGAGUUUUAAAUUAAUGUUUCUGAUUCCUGUACAUUUUACAGUAGCAUAGUGACCAGCCUUACAAAAAGGGCAGGGUAGUCUGUGCAUUCACAGCCUGACUCAUUUUAAUAGGUAGGUAGAUGCUUUCAAUGUUUUUUUUUUCUUUCUCUCCCGCCAUCCCAUCCCCUUCCCUCUUUGCUGGAUGCUAGUAGUUUUACUCCUGAUGUGCAACAUCACAUGAACAAGUAACAAGGGGUCCAGCAGGACUGAGUACAAGGACAGUGAGCCUGGGCAGCGUGGAAUGUACAGUCCCACAGGCACACAUCAGCUCCACAGGCUCCCACACAGCUGCAGCCCCGAACUUCUAGUUCCAGACUGAUGUGCAAGCCACCACAUAUAAGUGGUGUAACCCACAUACAGAAGGAAACAUCGUGCUGUUCACAUAUGAACAGGCGCAGAAGGGGAAAUAAAACAUUUUAUUUGUUAUUUAUUAGGGGGAGGAAGACUGGAAAUCUCAUGUAGACAAGAGGACGGCAUUUCUGUUAGUGUCCCAAGAAAGUUAUGGAAACUAUCUAAAUGUCCGUUUGCUGUGCUAGCAGUAGGGGUUUUUGUGAGAUGAUUCAGGAUCUCUGAGCUGGGAAACAGCUGCAGAGCAAAGCACAUGCAGGAGCCUCAGUGACACUGGAGCCUGGGCAGCCCCAAAUAACAUACAAGAAGGAAAGGUUAAAAUUUAAUGCCCUUCUAUACAGAUAAGAUGGGUCCCCCCCACAGCUGCACACUAGCAACAUUACUGUUCUCAGUUGCAUUUCUAAGACACGUUUCCUUAUGAAAGUUCUAAAGCGUGAAGCUCCCAGCCCCAGGGGUUAUAUAAACCAAAACCCUCUGUACUUCUCCAGCCCUCCCAGUUUGUGUAUUUGAGCUGUGCACCCAGGCAGCUGCAACAUUCCAGUGUUUGAACUGUCACUGACUCUUGCACCCUAGACAAGCUAACCAGGUUCGUCAUCUCACUCCCAACAGUGCCAGAUCCCAGCCACAGAGUCCCAUUUCUGCAUGAGAAUCUGGUGUUUGGAAUGUUUUCUGAAUCUUGGCUGGGAUUCCCCAUCUCACUGUCCGAUGUCUGGGGUUGUGAGGGAAGGGGAUCCCCAACAGAAACUGGUUUGUGUCGUAAGCUUUUUUGUGUUUUUUGUCUGUCUGUGCAAGACCUGCAGCUGCUGAAAUCAGCUUUGCCUUUAAUUAAAACAAAUUGUCAUCCAG